UUGCCUCAGGAGCUCUUUGAAUGCAUCCGAUGGGCUCUAGGACCGCUCCUCCGUCCUAUCUCCCACGUGGCUCUGCCCCUCCCACUCCUCUCACGCUGCUGCUGCUGCCGUGCUGUGUAAGUGUCCCUGCAGCCCAUCAUGGAGUACUCUGUGCUUAUAAUGGCUUCCACUCUCCAUCUCAGAUAUUGGAACCCACGUCUCCUACGUACAAUGUUUCUUCAGCUCCAGAGGCAACAAAAUACUGGUUAUUUCUGUGAUGUCACUCUAAAGGGUGAAGGUGAGGGACUCAGCGUUCAUGCCUGUCUUCUUGCAGCAUGCAGUCCAUAUCUUGCCAAAUUACUUACAUCUGCUUCUGAGGCAUCACAGCUUGAUACUGAUUCUCCAAUUCAAACUGGCUCCACUGGACACAUUCUCACUGUACCAGGGAUUCCUAGCCAUUAUCUAUUACCUUUGGUCCAUUACAUGUACACAUCAGAGUUAGAAGUCACUCCAACAAAUGUACAUGGGGUACUAGAAGCAGCACGAAGACUACAGAUACCAGAGCUAGAAGAGUUGCGUUUGGAAGGAGGAAGACUUGUGAGGCCAGAAUUAUCCAGGAAACUAAACAGAGACUGUUUUAGUAGUUUAAUACUACCACAUGCCUCAGAGACAGGUAAUGGUAAAGAAAUAUUCACAAAGGGGAAAGGGGCCAAUAUAGGAUCAAGAGGUAAAAGGGGAGCAUGUAGCUCACUGCCAGGAUUGAUUAAAAAAACAUUGUUUGAAAUAAAGAACCCUAUUGAAGAGCCUGCGCCUUCUACAGCACAGACAUAUUUUCAGUCAAGAGAAAACUAUGAAUGUGCAUUUCAAGAUUCUGGUACAAAAGUCAAUGUCGGUGCAAUAGACCAAGAUACAUUGAUAACUCAGCUUUCUCCAGACAGUCCAUUAAUUAUGCUGAAUUCUCAUCAAAAAAGGGAAAUACUGAUAAGUGAACAUGGGGCUGACCCUGUCCCAAACAGGAAGAGAGAUAUUCAAGAUGACAAAAUGUUUAAAGAAGACAAAGAGAGAAAAGAAGCUGGAGAGCAAGCAACAAAAGAUACUAAUACAAACAUUAGACAACUGAGCAGAAUAAUAAAGCUAGACCGAGGAGAAAAGCAAGACAUGCCAUUAAUGGAUGAAAAUAUGGAAAAGGGUUUUAAAAAUAGACAAAGCAGCAUCAUGAAUUCAAGCUUAACCAUUCAAGAUUCUGUGCUUAAACAAGCAUGUCAAAAUAAAACCAGUUUAUGUGCAAUUAAGCUUAAGUCAAAUGGCCCUACUCCAGUCCACACACAAAGCAAUAUACCAGUGUGUCCAAAGCAGCAAAGAAUAGUGCAGAGUCAUCUAGAACCUGACAGAGGUACUGUAAGGCAGUUGUUUAAACAAAGGUUUGAGGAAACUGCAGCAUUGCAAAAGGAUAUCUGUGUUAAAUGCGUUAUUGCAAACCCAAUGGUAAAAGCUUCACUACAAAACAGCACAGUAAACGUGGUAAAAUUGCAAGAUAUAGGAUCAACUGAUAUGAACACAAAGAAAAUACUUCCUGAGGAAAGAUUGGGAACUCAGAGUGCUAAAAGAGACAUAAAAGUAUUAUCUCAGAAAAAUAUAGGUGAUGGAAUAAAGAGAGACUGGUGCGCUGAUGAGUUUGAACAGAAAGAGGAAGCAAAGCGGAACAAAACAGAAAGUGAGCUCUGGUGGGAAAAAAUUAAUGAGGUAGAAUCACCAACUUAUGCGCAGUUCCCUACUGAGCAGCUUGAAGAGUUGGUUGAGCAAAUACUUUGUGUACCUUCUCCCAGUUCUUCAGAAGUGGAUGUCGGUGGUAAAAGCCCAGUUCCCACUAACUAUGUAGGUGUGUGGCCUGAUCCAUCUUCAGAGUCAGACACAGAGGUUGAUAUUUUGUAAUUAAAAACAACACUGUAAAAUCAUACAGUUGUAUUUCAACUUAUCUUGCCAAUAUUUCCUUAAUUUAUAAUAGAAACAUCUUGACAAUACCAAUAGCAUACUAGGAUGUGUACCUGUUCAUUAAACCAGUCAUUUUGCCUCUUAAUUAAUGCUGGUGUACAAGUCAAAAUUCCUCUUUGGGGGGAAAAAAAUGAGAGGUUUAAAUUUUCUUUUCUGUGAAUGUAUGCUUUAGUUUAGUACACCUUUAAUACACCUGUCCAAAUGCAGGACACAACUAACUAGGUAUUUAUUUUACCUUUUGUACAACCUAGACAAGAUGCCUAAAUAACUGAAAUGGUAUCUAUAACAGUCUGUACCAACGGGCAUUAUUAUAUGCAUUUGCUGUGUUAUAAAUAAAAAUCUAUUGCAUGGAAAA